AUUCUGGAAUAUUUCUAUGUAUGGGAAAUGGCUGACUAAAGCAAUUACUUAUGCAAACACAUAUUUGGUCAAGAACUUCAACUUCCCAACCACAUUUCCUACUCUUCUAAGCUUCAGACAGUGGCAGAUACCGCCGUACGGCACAUUGCGGAAAUAAGAUAGCAGAUACAACGGAAUAGUUGCAGAAGGAAAAGGCGUAUCGUCAUAUAUAACGCUCACUGCAGUACCAAAGAAAUUCACUUCAGAUGCAAAAGAUGAAGAGAACAGAGAAUUAUCUGUUGCUACUUGUUUUUCAUGUGUUCAGUACGUUUCCUCAUCUUGCCUCAGCCUUAAACUUGGAUGCAGAGAAUGUGACUGUUUAUUCUGGUCCGGAGGGAAGCUAUUUUGGAUUUUCUGUGGACUUUUAUGAAGACAAAAAUAAAUCGGUCAGUCUAGUGGUGGGGGCCCCUAAAGCCAACACGAGCCAGCCUGGAGUCACAGAGGGUGGUGCAGUGUUCCACUGCCUUUGGUCUCAUGGGAAUAACCCGUGUGACAGACUGGCCUUUGACGGUAAAGGCAGUGAAAAUUAUUCCUACUCCAGCUACCACAUAGAAGCGUCCAAGUCGCACCAGUGGUUCGGAGCCAGCGUGCGAGCUGCACAGAGCUACGUUUUGGCUUGUGCCCCGCUGUACCACUGGAACGUAAAGGAGAACAAAAACGAAUCGGGGAGCACGCCAGUGGGAAACUGCCAGAUGCUGGACAUGCAGUCGGGGACGCUUACAGAAUACGCCCCCUGCAAAGACCUGCUGAUUGAUCAGGUGUAUGAGGACAGGAGCUUCUAUCACGACAGGCGAUACUGUGAGGCUGGAUUUAGUUCGGACAUUACAAAGGAUGGAAAGGUUGUUCUUGGUGCCCCAGGUGGUUACUACUUCGAAGGUCAGAUUAUCGCUGCAGAUAUACCUCGCAUCAUUAAAAGCCGUCAGACUACAAGCCCAGUGCGAUAUGUGGAGAACACAAUACUGUCGCCGGAGAUGAGUAACUACGAUGUCUAUAAAGGUUAUUCGGUGGCUGUUGGCGAAUUCACGGGAGAUUCCAUCCCUGACUAUGUGGUCGGAGCUCCCAAUGAUCAGAACACAGUGGGUUCAGUUAAAAUCUACAAUGGAAAUACAAAGUAUUCUUUACAGAUGUCCCACACGUUCUUCGGCACCCAGGUUGCCUCGUAUUUUGGUCAUGCUGUUGCAGUGACUGACAUCAAUAACGAUGGGCGUGACGAUAUCCUGGUCGGGGCUCCACUCUUUAUGCAAUGGCAGUCAUCCAAACAGCUGCUUGAAGUGGGCCAGGUGUUGGUCUACCUUCAGAAGGAGCGAUUCACCUUCUCCAGCAAGCCUGACCAGAAGCUAAUAGGUGCUGACACGUACGGACGCUUUGGAAGUGCCAUUGCACCACUGGGAGACGUUGACCAGGAUGGCUUCAAUGAUAUUGCAGUGGGGGCUCCCUUCUCGCACAGCGAGGGCCGGGUUUUCAUCUUCAUGGGGCAGGCUGAUGGAUUAUUCUCCCACCACCGCCAGGUUCUCCAAAGUCCAUUCCAGAACCUGCCAACCCCAGCAGCAUUUGGCUUCACCCUGAGGGGGGCGACUGACAUCGAUGCCAAUGGUUACCCAGAUCUUGUAGUUGGAGCAUGGGGCGUCAGCAAGGUUGCUGUGUACAGGGCACAAGCCGUGGUGAUAGCGAAAGCCCUUAUCUCCCUUCACCCCGAUUUCCUGAACCCUGACGUUAAGCUCUGCCGGCUUCCGGCGACUUCCAGGGACGUCUCCUGCUUCACAAUCCGGACGUGUGUCAGCGUGUCUGGCCACAGAAUUCCAGAAGAGAUAGUCCUGAACGCUGAGCUUCAGCUAGAUAAGAUGAAGCAGAAGACUGGAAGAAGGACCCUCUUCAUGAAGUCCAGUAACCCACAGGAGAACCUCUCCUUCAAUAUCCUAAAGGGAGUGGGCGAGGCCUGUACGAACCACACUGCCUACCUACGGCACGAGUCGGAGUUCAAGGACAAGCUGAGCCCCAUAUUCAUCGCCCUGAGCUACAGGCUGGCAAACUCCACCCAGGCCGUGCUGCAGGGCCAGAUGGCAGCCAUCGCACAGACCCGCAUCAUAUUGGACUGCGGCGAGGACAAUGUGUGUGUACCUGAUCUGAGGCUGACGGCCAAGGCGGAAAAUGACCGUCUGCUGAUUGGAGACGAGAGUCCGGCGCUGCUGCUGAUUGGUGCAGAGAACCGGGGGGAAGGUGCCUAUGAAACAGAACUGCAGAUACACCCGCCCCCUCACACACACUACCAGGGGGUCCUGAGCAACAGAGAGGGUUUCAGUCGGCUAAUGUGCUCUCAGAAGAAGGACAAUGGGAGCGUCGUGGUGAUCUGCGAUCUGGGAAACCCCAUGAGGCAAGGGCAGAAGGUGCAGGCAGGUCUCUAUUUCAGUGUGGGUAACCUGGAAGAAGUGGAUAGCCAUGUGUCCUUCCAGAUACAAAUAAAAAGCAAGAACAGCCUCAACCCUGACAGCAACCUUAUCGAUCUGCCUCUCAAUGUCAGCGCCAUUGCCACUCUGGAAAUGAGAGGGGGCUCCUCUCCUGCGGAGUGUGUUCUGCCCAUCGUUAACUGGAAACCAGCACCACAGCCCCAGAGCCUAGAUGAUGUCGGACCUCUUGUUGAACACGUAUAUGAACUUCGCAACUUGGGUCCAGCCACAGUCAAUGCCAGAGUGCGGGUGGAUUUCCCCACCCGUCUGCAGGGGAAGUUCCUGCUGUAUGUGUUUGCCAACGCCUCAGAGGAAUCUCUCACCUGCCAUACUAACUCCACUGAUAUUGAUCGCUACAAUCUGGUUAAGGAUAACCCAUUCAGUAUAACCACUGACCGAAUUCAUCGGAUCGACAAGCGCGCGGCAGUGGAGGCUGAGCCCCUGCGCAAGGAGACAGUGCACGUGAACUGCUCUGGCAGGGAUAUCUGUUCGAGCUUCGUUUGUGAGGCCAAGGGCUUGGAGAGGGGUGGCAGUGCUGUGGUGAAGGUCAUGUCCAGACUGUGGGUGCAGACAUUUUUGGAGAGACCCUAUGAAGUCUUCGUGCUUCAUUCUAAAGCUUCUUAUGAGCUGGAGAGCAUGUCCUCCAAGAUCCAAUCAGAGGUGCACCUCAGUGGCCAGUCAGAGACCCACACAAAGGUGGUGUGGAAGAGCCCCGAUGGGGAGAAGAAGGUGCCAGUGUGGUGGGUUGUGGUGGCCAUCGUCGCUGGUCUCCUUCUCCUUGCUCUGCUGAACUUCAUCUUCUGGAAGGUCGGCUUCUUCAAGCGCAUCAGGCCUCCCAGCGAUAGUGACAACACCUGUGAACUCGACGCCGAGCAGAACGAAUGUUUAGUAGAACAGCCGAGAACUUCAACUGACAUUUGAGCCGCCUCAGGUGUAGACAUUGAACGUGGAUUCCAGGGGGACGAGAAUUUUAGGAUGUGUCAGCCAAUGAGUGUGUGCUGUUUAAUUGUGACGUCGUCAUCGGAACCCCAGAUUCUCCUAAUAUUGUGAAUUGAGGUUGUUAGCCUGCAAUUCUGCAAUCUUCCUCAAGGUGUCCCCAUAGGCAUGCUGGCUUCGGCAAUGAUUUUAUAAUAAGCACAGAUAUUGUAGUUUGAGCAAAACAAUUACAGCUUGUCUAUGCAAACAACUGUCUGUCAUUGUUAGCGUAGAGUAUCAAUCAAACACUUGCUUGAUGUUUGACAUCAAUAAUUUUUCUAUAAACACUUGGAGAACAUAGGAGUACCGAAACUGUGAUCCAGAAAUAACAGCUUCACAAACAACAGGUUUUUGAUUAAAAAGUUUCAGCAUAUA